AUCUGCGAUAUUUGCGGUAAAGAAGUGACCGACGAGACGCAAGUGACAUGUGCACUCGGCAAGAUUUAUCACAAGAAAUCUGAACCAUAUAACGUUUCGCAACUUCAGACACGUGGUAAGACUUAUUGCGAAGAAGAUUAUUUGUAUUCGGGAAUGCAUGAAACUGCUGAGCGAUGUGCUGCAUGCUCGCAUCUGAUUGUUGAUAUGGUAUUGCAAGCACUCGGGAAAUCGUAUCAUCCGAAAUGUUUUCGUUGUGAGGUGUGUCGACGUUGUUUGGACGGUAUACCGUUCGCUGUUGACGAUUACGGCAAAGUCUAUUGUAUGGAGGAUUAUCACACCAAGUUUGCACCGAAAUGCUUUGCGUGCCACAAACCGAUCAUGCCUGCUAUGGAUUCCGGUGAGACGGUUCGAGUGGUUGCGAUCGAUAAGGACUAUCAUGUGGAAUGCUAUGUUUGUGAGGUGAUCAUAUCAAACAAUCAUUACAAUUCAUUCUUAUUCGUAUCUUAA